CGGUCAGCAGGAGAGAUGUACUCGGUAGCCAGGGGGCUGAGGACGAGGCCCGGGAAUCUCUGGCGGAGGCGCAGGGUCCGGAGCAGCCCUUUUCGGGCCAGUUUCCUCCCGGUGCAUUUCUUGGGGUCGCAGUGUCCAAGCUCCCACAUGGCGAGCGGGCACGGAAACUUCACCUCCGGCGCGUCCCCGUCCGCGGCCCGCUCGCCCUCCAAGCAAGCUGAAAGCAGGAGGCGCGCGUUAGUGCUCGGCGCGGCGGCAGGACGCCCGGCUCCGCCGGCCCCGGCCGCGGGCCAGGCCGCGGGCCGCUCCCGCACCUCUCAGCGCCGCCUCGGCUUCCGCCGCGAAGGUGUCGAGGCCGCGGGCGCCUCGCCGGCCGCCCCGCCGCGCCGCCCCGCGCCGCCCGCCCGCCAUGGCCCCGCGCCGGGGCGGAGCGCCGCGCCGCCGCUCCGCACCCUUCCGUUUCCAGCGGAAGAGGCGAUGGCGGCCGCCGGGCCGCUGCUGGCGGCGCUGUGCGCGGCGCUGGGUCUCUGCGCCUCGGCGGGGAAGAUGAAGAUCGUGGAGGAGCCGAACACGUUCGGGCUGAAUAAUCCGUUCUUGCCUCAGACAAAUAGGCUGCAUCCCAAGAUAUCCCCGUCUGCAGUGUCAGGCCCUGCACAUCUCUUUAGACUUGCUGGCAAGUGUUUCAGUUUUGUGGAAUCCACGUACAAGUAUGAGUUUUGCCCUUUCCAUAAUGUCACUCAGCAUGAGCAGACUUUUCGAUGGAACGCCUAUAGUGGGAUUUUAGGAAUCUGGCAUGAAUGGGAAAUUGACAACAAUACAUUUGUUGGAAUGUGGAUGAGGGAAGGAGACUCGUGUGAAACUAAGAGCAGACAGACGAAGGUUCAUCUUGUUUGCGGAAAGAGCAAUAAAUUGGCAUUUGUGUCUGAGCCGAGUACUUGUGUUUACUCUCUGACAUUUGAGACUCCUCUUGUGUGCCAUCCCCACUCUCUUUUGGUUUAUCCGACCCUGACUGAAGCACUACAAAGGAAGUGGGAUGAAGCAGAGCAGCUUCUGUAUGAUGAACUAAUAACGGACCAGGGAUACAGAAAAAUGCUCAAAGAGAUUUUUAAGGAAGCAGGACUUCUAAAAGCAACAGAAGAAAAGGAAAUUGAGAAACAGAAUAAGAAGCUAAGUCCGGAAUUUGAAACAGUGGAGAAGUGCAGUAAGGAAUACAAGCAACUUUCUAAAGAAAUAAAAAUGCUUAAAGAUUUAUUACGUCAGCACAAUAUAGCAUACAAAGAAAAUGAUGCUAAAAAUACCAGUGUGGAACACGUCAGUCACAAACUGGCAACUGCCGUGACCACUGUUCUUAAUGGGUCCAAGAAUGAUGAGCACCUGCAUGGCGAUACAGGAAUUUGGAACGACACUGUGUGAAGAAACUUGGGUGGUAAGCUGCAAGUUCAUAGGGAAUGCCAAGCAAGUUGAACACGUGUCGCAGCACUAAGGUGACUCUCCUGUGAGUACUCGACUUUCUGAGUUUCUGCAGUAAAGCCAAGGGAAUAUAACGGACUGAGGGCUCGCCCUGACUGAGAGUGUUCAUCUGGCUCCUGAGAACAUUUGUAAAACCACUAAGGCCGGUAUUGGGAAUAGGUUGUCACAUUCUGUGUCUCCAGUCACAGCUUUUUAAUCUUCUUUCAUCAAGCACAGUAAUAUGUGGUAUAAAUACGAAAGUGUUCAAGACCAGUGCUGCAGCAAGUACAACAUUAAAAGUUCAUGUUUUGAUCUGUUUGUCAAAAUGUUUUCCGCACAGACUUUAGCAGAAAAAUAAAUGUUUCGUGCCGUA